AUGAACACUCUACUGAGCAUCUACAUAUUCUCCAUCACUAUCACAACAGGGAUCGGUCUUGUUUGUCGAAGCUGUAAGAACUACCUUGGAGACAGCUGUACGCUGGCGACCACCGAGACGUGCGCCCCAUCCGUCACAAGCUGUUAUACCUCCUUGAUGGUUGCAAAAUUUGGUAAUCCAUUUUACCCAGUGGUCGUAAAAUCCUGUGCAACACAUGGGGAGUUAUGUCAUUUUACAUACAACAUGUCUGCAGGAGUUGAACUGUAUAAUGAAGUAAAGUGCUGUGAAGGAGAUAUGUGCAACGAAGAAACAAUCAAGUUGCCCCCAAAAAACAGCACAGAAAAUGGGGUGCAGUGUCCGGUCUGUUAUGCAGGUGCAAAAAGCUGUACUCCAACUGGAAACAUCAAGUGCCAAGGACCCCAGACAAAAUGCUUCACAUUCUCCGGGGGAAUCUACGAUGAGCGUAGGUUUGAAGAUGGUGCUUUUCAAGGAUGUGCCACAGAAAACCUCUGCCUCAAUCGUGUCCCAACGUAUCCUGAAACCGUCUUCCAAGAAGGCUACACCCUGACCUGCACCGACAGCAAACCCUGAAGACGAGUUGUCAGAUCAUUUUUUUAAACUUUUUUGCAGUGUUUUUAAUCUUAUUGUUUACAGAAAUUGGUUGUGGGAAACUUACAGAUUCACUUCUUAUUACUGAUAAUGGGGAUUGUUUUGGUAAUUGCUAAUUUUCAGGAUUAAUAAAAAAUAUAUAUUUUUAUUUAAAUAAUAAAAUCUCCU